AUGACUGAAAGCGCACAUCAAAGAGUGCUCACUGCCUCUCAGGGGCCCCUACACGUGCCCGUUGCUCUCCCAGCAGCAGAGACGGUAUCCACAGAAGAUGUCGGCGGUGGGCUCUCAGAGGCCCAGCCAGCACAAGUACCCACAGAUUCAGACUUUGGACCGUUUGUUUCAUCAAAAGAGGCCAAUAACAGCAGAAGCAAUGGCAGCAGCAGCAGUAUCAGUAGCAGCAGCACAAGUAGCAGCAGCAGCAGUAUCAGCAGCAGCAAUGACUGCAUGGUACAUCACGUCCCUGCACGGCGAUACAGAAGUGCAGCUCUUUACCUCCAGGACCCCCACAUGUUGAAGCAUAAUCAGCAGCAGGAUGAUCUGUGCACAGGAGAUAAUGAAAAUCUCAGCACUCCCGGUGCCGUUGCUGCUUCUUCUGCAAUCGGAGGCCUUACGACAAGCCGGCAUUCCAGUGACUCCUCCAGGUGCAGGAACAGCCGAAGUACCACGACUAGUACUUUGUCUUGCAACCGCCUAACAAGGCUAAACAGCAGCUGGGUUAACAGGAAUGACGAGGCCGUCGGUAGAGAAGGACGUGCAGAUAUCGGCAGCUGCGGUAACAGCAGCAACAGCAGCAGCAACAGAAGCAACAGUAACCUGCAGACGGACAAGAGGGAUAUAGCCACAACGGCGGCGUCUCAUGCUUUCAGACGGCCGUUUUCAGUACCGCGCCAACAGUUCCAUCCGCUUUGUGUUUCAGAAGCAGCAACAGCAGCAGCAGCAGUUGUAGAGGCCACACAUACAACAGCACUGCAUCAGAGACAUCACGAUAUGCAGUAUACUGCCACAGUAGAACCUGUGUCUGCAGCAACAGCAAACGAUGUCGCAGCCGGUCCCCUCCACAUUGGGCUCGAGGACGGGGGGGCAUCUGCUGCGGCACUCGGACGCCAUGUUAUCCCUUUGAGACACAAAACAACAUCUGCCGCACAGCCAGCAGCAACAGCAACAACAAAGGCAACAACUUUCUGGAUACCUCCAGCUCAUCACCAGGAUCUCUUCAGAGGUGGCCGCUCCUUUGCCUCUUUCAGCAGUUCUGCGUUUGGCGGGAUGUCGUCCUUUGCUCGACAAGUCAGCAGCAAGGCACCGCUUCUGCUGCAGAGCAGCAAAACUGUUGCAGCAGCUGCAGCAAGGAAAGCUGCGGCCGUAGCAGCUGCAGCUGCUGCAGCUGCCGCUUCUGUUGUAGGGGAACUGCCUGCAGAGGAGCCGUACACCCUCGAAAAAGAAACGCGAGCAAGACACAGGAACAGGAGCAGCAGCAGAAGCAGCAGCAGUUGCAGGAGCAGAAGCACCGGCAGAAGCAGCAGUAGAAGCAGCAGCAACAAAAGCGAUGAGAGCAGGUGUAGCAGUAGAGUGGGGCACAUUUCUGCUGCUGAUAGUUCAUUUUCAGAGCAGCUGUCUGCCACUCCUAUCUCCUGUAUAUCGUCUCUGCACCCGCCAUCUCCCACAGGAACAAUAUCAUCAUCAGCAUCCGUUGCAGAAGGGUCAUCUGGAGCCACAGCAGCUGCAGUUGGUGUUGCUCCUUUCCCUGUCUCCCCUUUCCAGUUUGCUCCAGUUGCUGCGCAUGGUGCUGCCCGCCCCGUAUUUCUUUCCUCUGCUGCUACCGGGGUUCGAACCCGCACUGGCUCUGUUACAGGGUCUGAUGUAGAGGACCUUGGUCUGCGCAUGCCCCCCUCUCCUAGGAGCCUGAGAAUAAGCGAGAAUCUGAAGCAGAGGGUGGGCUCUACAACAGCUGUUGAUGUAAGUACAGAUGGGCCUUUUGUUUCUGUUGGUGCUGAUGCUCCUUCACGCCGCGAUUCGGUGACGGACGCCGCUUUGCAACUCGUGCAGACGCAGAAGCAGCAGCAGGCGCAGCAGCAGCAGCAGCAGCGGACACUGGCUGAGAUGCUUCCAGCAAUUUCUUCACCGUCCUACGCCUUUCUAGAGGCUCAGAGUCUCGGUGCCCUCCUUUCUCUCCCAUCACCAAGUGAAACAACCCUCAAGGUUCGUAUCGCUGCUGCGCUUGCUGCACCCCUGCAGUUGCUGCGGACGCGUGUGUGGCGGUUCAAAGGUCUUCUGCCCCCGCGAUGGCUGGAGGAGGACUUACUGCUGCACCAGAAUCUGCUGCUAUUCUGCAGCAGCACUGAGCCCCUUGAGGUUUCCCUCAAGAGAAGCAGCAGCAACAGAAGCAACAACAGAAACAGUAGUAGUAGCAGUAUUAGUAUUCGUAUUAGUAGUAUUAGUAGUAGUAGCAGUAGUAGUAGUAGUAGUAGUAGUAGUAGUAGUAGUCUACCGGACUUUCUGUACCGACCCCCCUGUCAACAGCAGCUGCAGUUGUUGCACAAGCAGCUGCACGCAGCCACGAGGAGUUUGCUCCUGACCCAGGUGGCUGCUCUUGUGAAGGAAGGCUCUCGGCGCUGGGCCCGCGAGUUCCUGGGGAGGCUCCGUGCCAUAGCAGCAGCAUCUGCUGCUGCAACAGAGCACCGUACAGCUCAGACGUCUCGAGGGGUUUUGGUGUUGCAGCAAUGGAUCCGGUUGCGGAAGCGGCAAAACGUUGCAUGGGCUGUUCAGGGGCUGCGUAUGCAUGCGCUACAUAAACAGCAACAGCAACAGGCUGCAGCAGUGGUUGCUGCCAUGGCCUCAGGACACCUGCAGCUCGCCACAAACCGGCUGGAGGUGGCUCGCCAGCAGCUCAAGUACGCCUUAGGCCGUCUUGUUGAGAGGCGGCUGCAUGCAGUAUUUCUGCGGCUUCGGCUUCUGACCACUGUCAGAACGGCUCAGCAGCAAACGCUGAAGGGACAAGCUGUGCAGCUUUGCUGCUCCGUGCAAACGCUGCAGCGCCGGCUGCUUCAUGGGGUCUUCUUCCGACUGCGGAAAUUAGUGCUUCAGCGGCAGCUGCAGCAACGAGCUGUGCAGCAGCUGCUCCAGCACAUGCGGAUGCGGCGCCUCAAGUGGGGCUGGCAGCGCCUGAUGUGGUUCACCACCUCGCGUCGGCUAGCUGCACAAGCAGGACAGCAGAGGGCUCUUUUUCUUGUCUCGCUAUGCAUCAGAGCUCGCAUGCGCAGCUCCCUUCGACAUCUGCAACGCCAUGCUGCAGCAGCAAACGCCGAAGAGAAGCACCGGAUCUGCAGCAACAUGCAACAAAUGAGGGCUGCUUGGCUACUUGGAUUGCUUAUUAAGGAGCAACAACUGCAGCGUUUGCGGUUCGCAUGGCUUUGCAUGCAACGGCCCAAGCCGGAGGGCUGCUGCCGGAGAGCAGCCCGUCAGCUGGCUGGUGUCAUAGAAAAGGCGCAGUUCCGUCAGGUUCGUGAUGCGUUUGUAAGGUUGCUGCAGUUGCAGGCCACAGGCCAGACGAUGCGAUCAUUCUUAAGGUUGCAGCUGCUGCUGCAGCUAGGGACGUGGCUGCAAAUGCAGACUCUCAAGCAGCAGGCGUUGGGCUUCUCUGCUCUGCGGUCACACGCCGCUGCACUUGUUGCAUGCAGCACAGAGGCGGCAAGAGCUGCUGCAAGUGUAGCAACACAACAAACUGCCUGUAUGGGCAGCAGCGCCUUCGAGACGGACAUAUCCAGUCGUGUUUCAGCAGCAGAAGCAGCAGCGGCUUCAGCAAGACUGCAACAGCUGCUGGACGUUUCCUCCGACCUAAUUGACUGCCAUCGUGACCGUGUAUUGAGUCAAGAGGCUUCAGCAUAUGACAAGCCCUUCAUAUACCUCCCCCCGGCAAUUGGUUCUCACCAAGGGGCAGCAGCAGCUGCAGCAGCAGCUGCUGCUGCUGCUGCUUCAGGUGUAGAAGAUCUGUAUGGGCUGCAAUCCCCCAAAUCCUCGCUGCAAAGCCAAGAUAUGCCCAAAAGGACCAAUGGCUUUCUUUUUCACCAUCAGCAGCAGCCAACGCUGCUACAACUGAGUUCAUCAUCCGGGCACCGCCGAGGCAGCAACGGGGUGCAGUGGGACCGGCCAUGCCGGUCUGAUGAAGGAAUGCACAAUUUUGGUUUGUCGCCUGAGUCUUCAGCUACCCUGCCAUUAGGGCUCAGUCGCAGCAGCGCAGACAACAGCCCCGCCGGGUCUCCUAAGACCCGUCUAGUGCAGCCGUCGCUCGUCUUGGCACACGAUCGCAACAGCAGCAGCAACAACAACGGCGGGAGCAUCAACGACUUCCUCAUCAGCUCGAAGGUCUCAGACUUAACGGAUUACGCUGCGCACGAAGCAGAGAUGGAUGCACUGGUUAGGAAGCUACAGCAAGCUGAGCGCCAGCCAGGCUAUAUCCUUGGCCCUGCAACGGUUGUUUCAUCCUCCCAAAAGCCCAGUCAGGAGCAGCGGGGACCGCUGCAGCAUUCAGUGACUGCUGCUGUGCAUACUGUGCAAAGCUGGUCACGUGCAGCAGCAGCAGUUGCUACAUUGGCUACAGGUGAAGAGGUGCAGCUUUCUGAGGUGGCUGAUGGAGGCAACGCAGCGCAAGUCCUCUGCUACAGCUCAUGUCCUACAGCAGUCGACGAGCCGCUCUCCCCGUACAUCCCGCCUUCUCGCGGCUGGUGCACAACGGCGUUGCCGUCUCACUAA